GACACGAGCGCGGACAUAGAAUAACGUAGAAGCUAUAAGCACUUCAAUCGGAGCAGAUCUAUAAAAGGUGAUAGAGAAAAUGCCGCGCAUCAGACCGUCGGGCCACCCACCUAAAGUCUGGCAAUUAAUUGAAAUAAUGGAUAAAGAUAAAAAGUCGUCGAUCAAGUUCACAAUUCAGGAAAUUCCCGAGGACCGAUACGAGGAUGCGAUUCAAUAUAUGUGCACACACUUCUUAGCCGAUGAACCGAUCUGCCAAUGUUUAAAUGCGAAAAACGAUCCUUUAUUUGUACAAGACAUAAGCGCGUUAUGGCGCUUAUCACUCGCACAAGGCAUAUCCAUAGCCGCAUUCAUCGACAAUCCCGAUGGUGGGAAACCUAUAAUCGUCGCUAUAAAUGUUCUGGGUGUUGAAGUUAACAGUCAAAGAGGUAGCAUUUCCCAUUACCAGUUUAAGUCAGAGAAAUGCAAAAAGACGUUGGAAAUCAUAUCUAAUACAAAGAAGAAGGUGCUGUACAAACGUUUUGGAUUUGACAAGUAUCUAUAUGCUAAUGGGCUUAGCACACAUCCCGAUUAUCGAGGAUACGGAUUAGGCAAGAAUAUGCUGAAAAUCAGAGAGCUUAUUGGACCUAUGUACGGCAUCCCGACGACAGUCUCGGUGUUCACAUCGAUAUUUUCGCAACAAUCAGCAGCAAAAGCGGGAUACGAAGAAUAUCUGACAAAAAACUUCUCCGACUUAGUGGACAAAGAUGAAGAGGGGUAUUUUUCCGGUACUGAUGUCACAUUGAAAAUCAUGGGUAAAAGAUUGCUUUAAUAUGAUCCGAUGGUCGAGGCGACACGCAAGAAUUACACAGUAUAUAUAUAUUUAGAAAAUUACGUGAUUCACUUAAUUUGUACCGUGGAGUAAGUCUUACAAUUUCUACUGCGUACUGCUCAAUAUUCCUGAUACGCAUCGUGACGCAUUGGAACGAAUGACAAUAAAGGGCGCCUUUUCGCCGCGUCGAGCACAUCAUUAUCGACUUCUUGUCGAAACAGGGCAGGCGUAACUUCCGUUCCGAUAAGUGCAUUCGCUACAUUCGGAUGCACUUGGAAUAUAUAGAUGUUGCAAUACAAAAUUUUAAUGACACACCUUCCGUGCAUACGCGGCGAAAUGCGGGUUGCACAUUACGCGCCGGAACAUGCACCGUAAUACCAUGCCGUUCGCGUGGCCAGAAUUUAAGAUUACGGUCUUCAUUUACGAUGUACCAAAAAAAAAAGAAAUCUAGAUUAAAAACCUUGCGAAAUAAUAUAUAUUAAUCCCCUGCGAGAUAAUAAAUGCUAGAUUAUUAUAAUCUUCCUAAGUUUGAUGCGAAGAGCAGUGGAAGAAAAUGAUUACAUUUUAUCUGAAAAAUAAAGCUGCUGUAACUACACUUUUUAACGACUCAGCAGCCUUAUAGUCUAUUUUUUAAAUAUUACAUCACAAAUAAUAGAAAUAUUACCUUCUUAUCGAUAUACAUUUUUUUUAGCUCAGCAAAUUGCGCGUCGAAUAAUCGGUCUUGAAACAGUCUCAAGCUAAAGCCAAAAUAGUACACGUAAUUAAAUUAAUAAUUAAUUUAAUAAUCAUGAUAUAUGCUAAAUAAGCAUCUUUUAGAAACAAAAUGUAAAAAAUUUAUUGCUAAAAUAAAUUGCGAAGAAAUGUAUACGCAAAAAUAUUAUUAAUAGGCACAAAGAUCCAGCCCGAUCGUAGAAGGUAUAUUUCUAUUAUUUGUGUUAUUUUCAUAAACAGCCAAAUUUUAUUAUUGUUAUUAUAUAUAUAUCUAUACUUUUUAGUAAUGUAAAAUAAAAUGUAUACAGAAAAUGCAUGUGCAGAAAUAAGUGCCUUUGUAUCAUAAGCGAUGGCAAAAAAAUAUCAUUUCAUCGCAUCGCGCCUAACAAACUGCCACAGAAUUAUAUGGAAUUUGAGACAAAUGCUACUUACUUCAUCAAAAAAAUGGAAUAAUUGUGAAAUGGAAUAAUAUACUUAAUUAAAAACUACAUCGAUGUUUACUCGAUGGGGAUUACGAGAAUUUUGUUCAAAUUUAGUGACGUAUCUAUAGUUGCAUGAGAACUUAAUGCCAAUAAAUAAAGCAAGUUAAACUUAAAUAGCAAGUUUGUUGUACACCUUUGACCUAAUAUUAAAACGAAGAAUCCAUUGACAUUUCAAAUUGUUAAAUAAGUGUAAUGAUAGAGCAUUAAUUAUAAUUUUGUUAUCUCGCGUUAAUUAAAACCCCAUAAAGGUCAAGUAAAAAUUAUUUCAUUUUCUAUGCUAGGCAAUAAUUGAUGCAAAUCAAGAAGCAAUGUGAAAUAUAUCAAAUCGGUGAAAUUAAUUGUAUUUAAAUUGCAAAAUUUUCCUAUUUGUCAAUAAUAAGUAAUAAAAAGAUCAAUACAUAUUAUGUGAAGCACAAUUAUAUAAUAUUAAACUGAAACAAAAGAAAGUGAAAAGAAGCGAGAAAAAAUAAUGAGUACCGGAAAUUCUGUAUAUAAUAAUGGACUUUCUAUAAUUUCUACAGACAGUCUGCAACACUUUUUAGUAAGUCAAAUAUUUGUUUAUUGGAGCUGUUCAAUUGAAAUAUUUAUAUAGCAAACACUGACGAACUUGCGUGUAAUUGUAUCGGCAUAUUUGCCGUUUCUGAAUAAAUAUAUACUUGUUACGCCAACAA